UAAAUUUUUUGUAUAGAAAAGCUCUGUAAAAUCUCUGUACAAUCAGCAAUGGAGAGCUUAGCGAAAUGUGAGGCGAAUUAUGUGGCUUUGACGCCUCUGAGUUUUCUGGAAAGAGCAGCCGUGGUGUAUGCAGAGCGUACGUCUGUAAUCUAUGGCGACGUGAGAUUUACGUGGGCACAGACUAUGGAUCGAUGCCGAAGGGUCGCUUCUGCACUCGUGAAUUCUCUGCAAGUACAAAGAGGCGAUGUGGUGUCCAUUCUGGCACCCAAUGUGCCUGCUCUGUACGAAUCCCAUUUUGCAGUUCCCAUGGCCGGAGCCGUGCUGAACACCAUUAACACCCGACUGAAUGCUUCCAAUGUGGCCACAAUUCUCUGUCAUUCCCAAGCCAAAGUCCUGCUCGUGGAUCACGAGCUCCUGGGGCUAGCAAACGAGGCACUGGCGUCCAUGGCGGGUGCCCAUUUGCCUCGUGUGGUCGUCAUACACGACGAUCCCUUUGCAAAAGGGAUGAUCACAUACGAGGAUUUGGUCCGUGGUGGAGACCCGUGCUUUGAAUUCCUGAGGCCCUCUGAUGAGUGGGACUCAAUUGCUCUGAAUUACACCUCGGGAACCACUUCGGCUCCCAAAGGAGUUGUGUAUAGUCAUAGAGGAGCUUAUUUGAGCAGUCUCUCGAUGCUUUUGCUUUGGGAAAUGGGAACUGAGGCUGUUUAUCUAUGGACUCUUCCUAUGUUCCACUGCAACGGGUGGACGUUCACUUGGGCCGUGGCGGCCCGAGGGGGAACAAAUGUCUGCAUUCGGAGCACCUCUGCGGGGGAAAUUUACUCCUCCAUUGCCCAACACCGAGUAACGCAUCUCUGUUGUGCGCCCAUUGUGUUCAACAUUCUGUUGAACGCCAAACCCGAGGAGAAACGCCCGGUUGUUACCCGGGUGGACGUUCUGACCGGCGGUGCGCCUCCUCCGGACGCCGUGGUUGCUAAGAUGGAGGCAAUUGGGUUCCGUGUGACGCACGCCUACGGGCUCACGGAGGCCACGGGUCCUGCUCUGGCUUGUGAAUGGAAAACCGAGUGGGACGGUCUGACAGUGAAGGAGCGCGGAGCUCUGAAACGGAGGCAGGGUGUGGGAGUGCUUAGUUUGGCGGAUUUCGAUGUGAAGGACCCGGAGAACAUGCGGAGCGUGGCUCGUGAUGGGGCAACGAUGGGGGAGAUUAUGAUUCGGGGGAGUAGUCUUAUGAAGGGGUAUCUAAGGGAUGAGCGUGGAACGGCUGAGGCUUUUGCUGGUGGGUGGUUUCAUACAGGGGAUGUUGGGGUUGCUUAUCCUGAUGGGUAUGUGGAAAUUAAGGACCGGUCGAAGGAUGUUAUUAUAUCUGGUGGGGAGAAUAUCAGUAGCGUGGAGGUUGAGUCUGUGCUUUACUCGCAUCCUGAUGUCACUGAAGCUGCCGUUGUGGCCAUGCCGCAUCCUCACUGGGGAGAGACCCCCUGCGCUUUUGUUCUGGCCAGGGGGGCUAUCACAGAAGAGGAUGUUAUUCGCUUCUGCAGAGAUAAGCUUCCUCAUUAUAUGGUCCCCAAGGCUGUUGUUUUCAUGGAGCUGCCCAAGACCUCCACUGGGAAAAUUCAGAAGUUUCUUCUCAGAGACAUGGCCAAGAAGUUGGCCUCCGGCGUUGCCCCUUCUAAGACAGCCCGCAAGAAGCCUGCAGCAAAACCCAAACAGCAAAAUCGAUCUGUUUCAGUCUAUAAUGAUCAGCAGGAGCAGCACUAUGUUGUUGCUCGAUCUAGGCUAUAAGUAAUUAUGAGUACAGUGGUGUUUAGGUGAUUUGUAUCUGGGCUUGACCCAAGUUUCAUUUACGUACAUAGUUAAUACCCAUACAUAAAACAUUGUAGUAAAGACGUUAUUGGUAUAAAGUCCUGACCACAAUAUAUUCACUAGCAAAAUGCCACCAUAUAGUCAUCCACCAUUUUUGUACCGAAUUUCAUUUAGUCAAAGAUGUUG